UCCGCCGGCCGCUGUCUCCGUGACCUCUGGGCGCCGCAUUGACGGACUGAAAGCUGCUACUAAAAGUCGUCACCAUCAUCAACAGCGUUUGCCAGAAGAGAAACUGGACUUCUGGAGACAAGCUUGUGUUCUUUCCUCCAAAGGCCCAAAUGGGAUCUCUGAACAAAAUGAAUUUCAUUACAAGGCUUUCUGCUUUGUGUCUGAGAAAAAAAAGCAAUAUGCAGCAAAGGCACCAGAGUAGUCGGCGGCCAGCUGUUCCACUUGGAUCACGGAUUUUAACUGACCCUUCUAAAGUUUUUGAGCAUAACAUGUGGGACCACAUGCAGUGGUCACAGGAAGAGGAGGAGCAUGCCAAGGAAAAAGCAGCAGAGAACUCACUUGUGAAAGUCCAAUUGGAAGAGCAAGAUAAGUAUGAGAGAGAAGCCAGUAAAUACUGGAAUGAAUUUUACAAGACUCACAAAAAUAACUUCUUCAAGGAUCGCAAUUGGUUGUUUUUGGAAUUUCCAGAAAUUCUUCCAGAAAAAACGAGAGAACAGUUGAAAAUAGAGGAAAGACCUUCAGAACACACAAAAAUAAAUAUUACCAACAGUUUUUCACACGAGAAAGAGAUGUUUGAGGAAAGAGAAAAAUAUCGGAAGAAAAAUACUGGAGAUGAUUCCACUUCUGAAAAAGGAUGUGUGUAUAAUAAAAAACAAUCAAAAUCAAUUGCUGACAGCCCUCAGGGUAAAAACAACGAGGAAGAAGUUAAUGUGCUAGAAUCCUUCCCUGGUAGUGAUGCCACUUACAGAAUAUUAGAGGUUGGUUGUGGUGCUGGAAAUAGUGUAUUUCCUAUUUUGAAAGUUCUAUGCAAUACACCUGGAACCUUUCUGUACUGUUGUGAUUUUGCUUCAGGAGCAGUGGAGCUCGUAAAGUCACAUUCGUCCUACAAUUCAGCCUGGUGUUCUGCCUUUGUUCAUGAUGUGUGUGAUGAUGCUUUACCCUAUCCUUUUCCAGAUGAGAUCCUGGAUGUCAUUCUCCUUGUCUUUGUGCUCUCAACUAUUCAUCCUGACAGGAUGCAACAGGUUGUAAAUAGAUUGGUUAAACUACUGAAACCUGGAGGGAUGCUGUUAUUUCGAGACUAUGGAAGAUACGACACUGCUCAACUUCGUUUUAAAAAAGGUCACUGCUUGUCAGAAAAUUUUUAUGUACGAGGAGAUGGAACCAGAGUAUAUUUCUUUACCGAAGAAGAGGUACGGAACAUGUUCAAUUUGGCUGGAUUAACUGAAGUACAAAAUUUAGUUGAUCGUCGAUUACAAGUAAAUAGGAAGAAAAAAGUGAAAAUGCAGCGAGUUUGGGUACAAGGCAAGUUCCAAAAACCAUUGCUGCUAUCUCUUAAUAAUCCUAAGAAACCACCAAUAAGCAUCCUUGUGGAUAACUGUACUGUUAACUUAAGAAAAAGAAACAGAUCUGACAAAACCGAGGCAGGUGGUUGUGCAAUAUCUACAAAUCCACCAAAUCUGACGAGGACAAAGAAAAUGCAGGGCAGGCAAGGAAACAGCUGGAGCUCUAGACACAAGUUUCUUCUUGUACUGGAAACCAUUUUGUUCCUGUUCUGUGUUUAGAUUGCAUCUCUGCUAAUCUGCAGAUUCUACUGUUUUAUAGUCACAAAAAAAAACUGUAACAAACUAUCCUGAAAUUCAUAUUAAAACAUAUACCAAAUACCAGUGGAGUCAAUUAACAUAAAUUUUUCUACUACGUUUUAA